UGUUGGACUCAGGUGUGGCACUUUUGGGCUGAAAACCUUUUUUUGUUUUGAUAGGCAAAUGAGAAUUUGAAUUACUAUCACCUAAGAGUAAACACACCAAAGUACACACAAUGUAUACAAAAGAAGCCUAAUUUAAGCAAGAAGUGGACAAACAAAAAGACAUCCUCUCCUUACAUGGACCUCAGCCAAUCUACAAGAUCUAUCAUGGACAUUGAUUGGUCCUCUAUGUCAUUAAACAACCUCUUGUUCCUUUCCUUCCCUGGAGUACAAAACAAGCACAAUGGACCCGCCCUUUAAGCUUUUCUUUGCUUCUUCCCUACAAAAGAACCAAACUUAUUGCCUGUUAUUACUAUUUAUCUUACUCCCUACUUUAUUAGCCGCAUUUAUAUAUUAUGAAUUCGAUCUCUAUUGAUGUGAUUUUCUUUUCUCUCUUUUUUUUAAAAAAAAUAAAUGUUAAACAUCCCUGUGUUUUGGUCUUUUCCUAUAACACAGUACCAAUCAAGUUUUGAACCAACUUCAACCUAAAAAUGAUGUCAUUUUGGUUUUCAGAGAUCAUUUUUUGAAUUUUAUGGACAGAUACAGCAGCUUGUAAUUGCAAAGCUAAUUUUUUAAUAUAAGCCUCUUUGUUUUGUUUUGUUUUGUUUGUAUUUUGUUCCCCCCUUCUUUUAACUCUCUAGUGUUUCCUGUUCUUUGAGUAAUGCAGACGAAAAUCCUCCCUGCUAAAUAUGUAAUGAAAACAGAUGAUGAUGCUUUUGUUAGGAUUGAUGAAGUUCUCUCAAGUCUUAAAGGAAAGCCAUCUAAUGGCCUGUUGUAUGGUCUUAUAUCCUUUGACUCGGCACCCCACAGGGAUAAAGACAGCAAAUGGCAUAUCAGUGCUGAGGAAUGGCCACGUGAUACGUACCCACCAUGGGCCCAUGGUCCAGGUUGCAUCAUAUCCCGAGACAUUGCAAAAUUCAUUGUUCAAGGCCACCAAGAAAGAGACCUCCAGCUUUUUAAACUAGAAGAUGUUGCGAUGGGCAUAUGGAUUGAUGAAUUCAAGAACAAGGAUCAACAAGUAAACUACAUUAGCGAUGAACGGUUUUAUAACACUGGAUGUGAAUCAAAUUAUAUUCUCGCCCAUUAUCAGGGUCCAAGAAAGGUGUUAUGCCUGUGGGAGAUGCUGCAGAAAGAGCAGAAGCCCAUCUGCUGUGAGUAAAGAGUUCAACAACCUAUGGUUAACAGAUGCAUUCUUUGUAAAGAGUAUGAGGAAUCGGCGGAUCAUAUUCUAAUUCAUUGCGAUAAGACAAGGGAGCUUUGGACUGUGGUGCUCUCUUCUUUUGGGGUGGUGUGGGUGUUCCCGAACUCAAUCAGAAAUUUACUUCUUGAAUGGAAAAUUAAGGGCCUAGAAAAAAAGAGGAGUGUAGUUUGGAAAAUGGCGUCUAUUUGUUUGUUUUUGUGUAUUUGGGGAGAGUGGAAUAGAAGAAUGUUUCAAGAAGAAGAGAAGUCAGAUAUGAGUUUGAAGAAUCUCUUCCUUCGGACUUUUCUUGAAUGGUCUCAACAGUUCAUGGAUGUGGACUAUCUCUCUUUUAUGAAUAUGUUGGGUGGUUGACUUGUUGGUCAUAUUUGGCUUUUCUAGGUUUUUGUUUCUCCUUUAUUGCCUUGGGUGAGGCCUUCUUUGUAUACUGUCAGUGUACUUAGAGAGCGCCCCCUGUUUUGGCGUGGUCUAAUAUGAUUUCUUCUCUUGGUUUAUCAAAAAAAAAAAAUGGAUUCCAAUUUAGGCAAAUUUGAUACCACAAAGCUUGAUCAUUGAGUUGAAUGUGUUUACAUUCUCCAAAUGUGAAUAAGAUUGCAGAAUUUGAUGACAAUUUUGUUGACUGAUACAGACAAAAUCCAGCAGUUACUUUGCCUCU